CUACAUUCUGCUGUACACAGUCCGUCCCACUACCCAAUACAAGACUUGUUGUGAAUUUCUUCACAUUACAGCUUCCACAUUUUCUUGGAGUCAUACCUUGUAUAUAAAUCAAGGUUUUAAUCUACAGUAUUCCUGACAUAACUGAGGUUGUGUUAACAUGGCAGUCUGUAUGGGUUUGCUGUCCUGUGUGGCUGCCCUGACUGCAUGGGUCGUCAUUGCAGAUGCCAAGGAGUUAUCCAUCACCACUAUAAAGCAAGAGCCAUACACCAUGAGCAAGGGCUCUGAACUGGAGGGUUACUGCAUUGACCUGAUCUCAGAGCUCUCCAGGAAACUGGGCUUCAAGUACAAACUACACUUGGUGAAGGACAACCGAUACGGAUCUAUCGACUCCAGUGGCAAUUGGAACGGCAUGAUUGGUGAGGUCGUCAGAGGGGAGGCUGACCUGGCUGUGGCCCCACUGACCCUCACUGCAGUCAGAGAACAGUUUGUGGACAUGACUACUCCCUUCAUGCAAACAGGAAUUGGCUUCAUCCUGCGUAAAGAUGUGGCCUCUGAAGAGAGUACUUUUAGCUUCCUGUCACCUUUCUCCACAGAAAUGUGGAUUGGUGUCCUCAUUGCAUUUCUGCUAACGGGCCUAUGCAUAUACCUGGUGGGCAGGAUCAGUCCCACUGAAUGGGCUGAGCCAGACACAGACGAGCACAGCUUCACAUUGCUGCACAGCUUCUGGUACAUCACAGGAGCUCUAACCCUACAAGGUGCUGGUCCUCACCCGAAAGCCCUCUCUGGACGUGUUGUCAGCGCCAUCUGGUGGAUCUUCGCUGUGCUGCUGCUGGCCUGUUAUUUUGGCAAUUUCCACUCCAUGUUGCACUCCAACAGCAAACACAUCUCCAUCAAGAGCUUUGAAGACCUUGCGAACCAGGAUGUAAUCGAUUAUGGCACAGUUGAGGCAGGAUCGACCAUGCUCUUCUUUAAGAAUUCUAACAACCCUGUGUACCGCCGUAUCUACGAGCGCAUGGAGCGUAAGAAAAGCUAUGUGUCCAGCAUGGAGGAGGGCGUUCGCCGCACCCAGGAGGGAAACUUUGCCUUUAUCGGUGAAGCAGUGUCCUUGGACUUGGCAGUGGCUCGAUACUGCAAACUGGCCCGUUCACAGGAAGUCAUCUCUAUGAGAGCUUACUCCAUUGCAGCGCCUCUGGGUUCCCCACUGGUGAAGAACCUAACCAAUGCUAUCCUCCAGCUCAGUGAGUCAGGUGAACUAACGUACCUGCGGGACAAAUGGUGGGCCAGCAGCUGCGUGAGCGCUGAUGGGGCUCAUGUCUCGGAGGCCCUGCUGCCCUAUGACCUUCGUGGUCUCUUCCUCCUCCUGGGACUGGGACUGGGUGUUGGGCUCCUGCUGGCGCUGCUAGAGCUCCUAUCCAGGGCCCGUCAUCAGGCGAAGGAUGGCAAGAAAUCCUGUUGCUCAGUGCUGACGUCAGAGCUGAACCAGAGGUUUGGCAGCAGAGGAGAGAGCACCGAGCAAGACAGCUCUGACAAAAGCAAAGCUUAAAGGAAAUAUUUACAUGUCAGGAUUUGUGAAGAUAGUGUCAGUGAAAAGAAUAAGCUGAAAGCCUCUGUCCUCUUCAUCAAUCACACCGACUUUCCGCAUUUCUAUACUAGCAGCCAUGUAUUGCGUUGUUGUUUAAUGUGUUUUUUAUUCUUUCAGAAAAGCUCUGUAACCAUGUAUAGCACCUUACAGCAACAGUAUAUUAAGAAUCCAAGGAAUGUAGAUCGUCAUACUUGUAAUACUAAUCACUGAGCUUUGUUUACUGGUUGGUGUUGUAUGUUCUCGUAUAUCCACUCCUGAAUAACAUACACUGUACUUGAGCUACAAUGGUUUUAACAGUUUUCAUUUGCUUGUAUAUUCCAAAUAAAUUUGCCAAUACUG